GAAGGAGCCCUCAGAGCUGGCCGCCAUGUACAAGAACGAGGGGAACGCGUACUUCGGGGAGAAGGACUACGGCAGGGCCGUGCGGGCCUACAGCGAGGGGCUGCGGCAGCGCUUCGGGGACGUGGAGCUGCGAGCCGUGCUGCUGUCCAACAGGGCGGCCGCGCACUGCCGCCUGGGUAACUACCGCUCCGCUCUCGCUGAUGCAACCCAAGCAAGGAAGCUGAAGCCCGACCACCUCAAAGCCAUUGUGAGGGGAGCUCUCUGUCACAUGGAGCUAAGGAACUACUCUGAAGCCAUAACAUGGUGUGAGGAGGGCUUGCGAAUAGAUUCAAAAGAGAAAAAGCUUCUGGAAAUGAGAUGUAAAGCUGACAAAUUAAAGCGAGUUGAGGAGAGGGAUGCAAGAAAGGCAAAGGCGAUGGCGAAGAAAGAACAGUGUCAAAAGGAACGCUUGCUUGCAGCAAUAAAGGAAAGAAAUAUCAAGCUGGUUGUUGAACCUUCAAGUGAAGAAGAAGAAAUAUCAGGUAGUCUGGCUGAGAUAUGUCUGGAUGGCUUCCACUCUGACAAUGCCACAGGGGCAAAGGUGCACUUAGAUGCCGAUGGCAACCUAAACUGGCCUGUUCUCUUCCUGUACCCUGAGCAUGAACAGACAGACUUCAUUGAGGCUUUUCAUGAGAACUCCAGAUUUAUCGAUCAUUUAAUGGUGAUGUUUGCUGAGUUACCUCCUUGGGAUUUAGAAAGAAAGUACCUUCCUAGGAAUCUCGAGCUCUAUUUUGAAGAUGAAGAAAGAGCAGAAAUGUAUGAGCUGAACCCAGCACACACAUUGCUACAAGUGCUGCAACACCAAAGGUAUUUUGUGAAGGCUGGGACUCCGACAGUGCUGGCUUUUGUGAAGAGUUCUCCCUUCUCUAAGAAGUAUUUCAGUGGCAAGAAGGUGCAUCGGCUGUAAUGAGCAAGAAGGAACCGAGGAAUCAUGUGCAAGGGAUUGCUGUUUAUCUCGGCUACAGACUGCAAGGCAUUUCUGCUUGCACAGAAAUGCCUUGCACACUUCAGGGGAGAAAUAGUCUUGGCACACACAGAAACUUCCAGCAAAGAAGCGUAAAAGAAGAAUGAAGGGCUUACAAGAGGGGAUUAUUUGUUUAAAUAGAAAUCCAGCUGGCUUGCAGAAGGUCUCCUCUAUGGCAGGCUGCAUGGGGCUUUGAAAUAAACCUGAAACAGUGCCAAACAUUGGCUGCAGCUGAAGCAACAGCAGCUGGGAAUGUACUUACCUGUGAAAAAUCGCUGAUUUCCUGCGAGGUGGGCUGUAGUUGCCAGGGUUUAAUAGCAGUGCUCUGGGGUGAGUUACCUGCCUGCUGCCACGAGCUGAGUGCAGCUGGGCUCCUGCAUGGGCCAUUGCAGCUCUGAGGAUUAGCAGCAGCUGGUUUUCACUGCUCAGAGCUGCUGCUGGCCAUGGGAGAGCAGAGCUCUUUGUCAGGAGCAGCUUGUUUCACGGACUCUUCUGCUACCUAUAUAAACUGGAGCUAGACAUGUCUAUUUUAAGCAGGCCGAUUCCUGUCUAAUAAAUGAGGUGAUCCUUUUUUCUCACCAUAUGAAAUACUGAAA